UUCUUUCCAUUGGCAUUGCAAGUUCUUCCUCGCAUCAAGUCGCAUCGCAAGAGGAGAGGGCAACAGCUCUCCGCCCCUCCUGCUGCCCAGCAUCGAGAUCCAGUCGCUGCCUGUGGCGUUGACCCCCUCCUCUCCUUUUUCUUCUCCCGUUUGCUUGCCGUGCCCACUAUCUCGCUUGUGGCCUUCGUUUCCUGGCGGCGAAGACUGGGCGGGGCGAGUGGCGCCGCCCUCUGCUAGGUCUUGAUCGAGUCCUUCGCCGGCGACUAGCACCCACCAGGUUAUGCACUCAUGAAGACAGAGGUCGAGGAGGUAAGCAUUGGACAGUUCUGGACUGAGGAAGACAAAGCCCUCUGUUCUUCCGUGCUGGGCUCGGAUGCCUUCACAUAUCUAACAAAAUGUGGUGGUGCCAUAUCUGAAGGUCUUGUAGCAGCAUCUGUGUUGGCAGAUUUGCAAAAUAAACUCCAGAACCUAGUUGAGGCUGAUGAUCAGAGCAUUCGUUGGGACUAUGCCAUCUUCUGGCAGCUCUCCCGCACAAAAUCUGGUGCUAUUGUCCUUGGCUGGGGUGAUGGAUCUUGCCGUGAACCCCAUGAUAGUGAGAUUGGCUUUGCUACAUCUAUGAGUGUUGAUGAUGCAUCUUUGGUGACCAGACAGAAGAUGCGGAAGCGGGUGCUGCAGAGGUUGCACACAGCAUUUGCUGGGGCUGACGAGGAGGAUUACGCUCCUGGAAUUGACCAGGUCACUAACACUGAAAUAUUCUUUCUAGCAUCUAUGUAUUUUGCGUUUCCACGUCACGUUGGUGGUCCUGGGAAAGUUUUUGGUGCAGAGGCACCUCUUUGGAUUCCAAACAAUAAGCACAAUGUUUCCCCAGCAAAUUAUUGUUACCGGGGAUUCCUUGCAAAUGCAGCGGGAUUCAAGACCAUUGUGCUAGUGCCAUUCAAAGCUGGUGUACUUGAGGUAGGUUCAAUGCAGAAUGUACCUGAGAGUGCUGAAGCUCUGCAAACUAUAAGGUCAAUGUUUCUUGGGACAUGCAGUGACAGGAUAGCAAUUGAGAAGCAUGAGGAUAGUAGUUCUGUUCAAAUAUCGCCAGGUUUGACAAAGAUUUUUGGGAAGGAUUUGAGUAUCAGACAACCUUCAGACAGCAAAGGAGCUGAUCCAUCAAAGGUGGAUGAAAGUUCAAUGAUUGCACAGAAGAGUGGUGGUGGUGAGAGCAGGUUGCUACCUAAUCUCCGGAAAGGUUUGCAGAAUUUCUCAUGGAGUCAGUCUCGAGGCCUGAGUUCUGAUCAGCAGAAGUUUGGCAAUGGUAUCUUAGUUGAGACAAGCGAGACUGCAAAUUGCAGCAAUGGAGCUUCUCAUAGCACCACAGUGAGCCCAUUUCAGCUUCAGAAUCCACAGCAGAUCUUGGCCCAACAAGCAUCUCAGCCCCGAGGGCCAAUGCAAAUUGAUUUUCGUGUAGGUUCCAGUUCCAAGUUUGGUGUUUUGAUUUCUCAAAAAGCCAUGUUGGAUGUGGAUAAGGGCAAUGCCAAUGACUUGUUCGAUGAGGAAAGGGAGGGUCGACAGCCAAGGAAGAGGGAAAGGAAACCAACAAACGGGAGAGAGGAACCACCGCUUAGCCAUGUUGAGGCUGAGCGUCAGAGAAGGGAAAAGCUCAACAAGCGAUUCUGUGCUCUGAGAGCUAUUGUGCCCAACAUCUCAAAAAUGGAUAAGGCAUCCAUUCUGGAAGAUGCUGUAAUGCAUAUCGGUGAUCUCAAGAAGAAACUGGAAAAGUUGGAGGCAGAGCGGGAUCAACUUCCAGAGCAAACACCUGGGCCAGAAGUGGACAUCCAGGUGGUGCAAGGCGAGAUUCUUGUUCGAGCGGUAUCUCAGAUUGAAAACCAUCCAAUACAAAAGGUGCUCCAAGCAUUUGAAGAUGCAGAGGUCAAAGUAGGUGAGUCAAAGGUCACAGCCAACAAUGGGACAGUUGUGCAUUCCUUUGUUAUCAAGUCCCCUGGCUCUGAACAGCAUACACGAAAGAAAUUGCUUGCCUCUAUUUCUAAUGCAACUAGCGCUGUGUAGAAUUGGGUGACUACUUGUUAUAUUAGACAGAUUAUUUUUGGUAGCAGUCAACUGGUAACAACUGAUGACAUCCGUCGGUAUCGGGACUGUCGGUAUACCUGGUAUAUCCACAUAUAUAACUCAGAUCCUUACAUAGAAACAAAAAUCUGUAAGUAAAGGUCACCAUUGUAAAAUUUGCAACCGUCUGUUCCGGUUAUUCAUCAAUUGCUUGUCGAUUGGUGACAUGGCAGUUGAAAUGGGAGAGGGUGCUCUUACAUUUGAAUGAACAGACGUUUUGGCAGUACUAACAUAUUGUAUCUGUGUCAUUCAAUUCUACCUACUUAGUCAUAUGAUUAUAACGUUCGGACUGAUGCCUUUUUUGUAACACACUAACACUAUUUGAUGAAAUGCCAUGGUUUGAUCUGUCAUUUUUUUUAA